CCCGACUCCUCCACCUCCUGGAGCCCAGGUGAGGAUCCCUCCAACUCCUCCUCAGAACCUGUUGCACGAACUUUAACCCCUGACCUCCAGCCAGCAACCACAGCUGUUGCUGUGCAGGAAGUCAGCCCCUGGGAUAUUGCGCUUUGCAUUACUGGGACGCUCAUCUCCUGUGAGAAUGCCCUGGUGAUCGCUGUGCUAUUCUACACACCAACACUAAGAGCUCCGAUGUUUAUCUUGAUUGGCUCGUUGGCAGUGGCAGAUCUCCUGGCCGGCCUAGGCCUCAUCCUGAACUUUGUCUUCACUUAUUUGGUCGACACCUCAGUGGAGUUUGUGACGCUGCUGUCAGUCGGACUGCUCAUCUCGGCCUUCUCAGCGUCUGUCUUCAACAUUCUUGCCAUCACCGUGGACCGUUACCUGUCACUGUACAAUGCCCUGACCUACCACACUGAACGAACAGUCACCUUCACUUAUGUGAUGGUGGCCUUUAUCUGGGUGUCAUGCCUCACGCUUGGCUUGCUGCCGGCGCUUGGCUGGAACUGCUUGAAAGAUGAGUCCACAUGCAGUAUCUGCCGACCCGUCACCAAAAACAAUGCCGUGGCGCUUGCCGUCACCUUCCUCCUAGUCUUUGCCCUGAUGAUGCAGUUCUACCUUCAAAUCUGCAAGAUUGCCUUCCGCCACGCGCAGCAGAUUGCAGUGCAGCACCAGUUUGUGGCCAUCUCCACCACCAAAGGUGUCUCCACACUGUCGGCCAUCCUGUGUGCCUUUGGGGCGUGCUGGCUUCCAUUUGCCAUGUACUCCAUCGUGGCUGACUCUAGCUACCCCGUAAUAUACACCUACGCCACAGUCCUCCCCGCCACCUGCUGCUCUGUGAUCAACCCGAUUAUCUAUGCGUUCCGAAACCCAGACAUCCAGAAGUCGCUGUGGAUGGCCUGUUGUGGGUGCAUCCCGUCCAUUCUCUCCCUCAGACCCAGGACGUCCAGUGAUGUGUAGCAGGGAAGGUUGGUUUCUGUUUGGUAUGAUUGAUGCCAAUUCAGGGUUGUAGGAGGGAGAGGAUGGAACAGGAAACAAGAGAUGAAGAGUAGAAAAUGUGAACGUUAUGGCUGAGGAACAGGAUCUCGUCUAGUCCUCAUACCAGGGCUGGUAGGCUGAUAGCAACGUACAGCUUGCCACAGUAAAAGUGGCACAGUGAGAAGGGAGGACAGUGCAUGGUCAACAAAGAUCAUGCACUUUUUGUGGCUCAAAGAAAACCAACAGAGUAACAGAGGUGGCAUAAAAGCAACUGCAAAAGAAUGAUUAAGGCAUCCUCAUGGUGGCUGUGGGACUUUUAGGGUGUGUGUCAGGUGACUUUUUUUUAACUGACCUGCUUUAGGGUCCGAGAAGCGAGUCCUACUUCUCAAGAUUAGCAUACAGGUGAGGGUGGGAUUUAGGAACCAGCAAUCUAAAUCUCCACAUGACUGGAGCUUAGCACUGCAUUGUUAUGCAAUCAGAAGGAGUGAAACAGUCUUAAAAUGUUUUGUUUUGACUGCUGUGUUUGAAAUUAAGUGAUGUGUGGAUGAAAAUACAAUGAGCUAAUUACACACAAUGAAUGACCUUGAGUAUUCCUAAUGAGCUAUCUUUGCAGUCUUCUGAUAGGAAAAACAUUUCCUCCCUUGAAACAUAUGUUAACUAUGUUACCUUGAUCUGAUGCAAAUUAGGUAAUUAGAGUUUAUAGACAGAAACUGCAAAAAUAAUGAACUCUCCUGUGCUGAGAAUGUUAGUUAGAUGGUGUUCAUUAACAUUGCUAGUCUGCCAAGCCCAUUGUGAAUUUUCCCACUGCCAACAGCACAAUCUGCCUUUUGUCAGAGAAGGACACACAUUUCAUUUCCUGAAAUUGGUGAAAAAUGCAUCACAUUUUACAGAAAGAACAACUCAAUCACGUGCCAUCCCUCAUCAAACAUUCAAAUCCUAAACAAAACCUAAUCUACCAGGUUCCUAGUGCACAGAUAACCCCUGCUAGUUUGCAAAACCUAAAGAAGGAUUUCCAAAAUUAAGGUUGGUGUGUGCUGUCCUUGGCAUGAUGAAAUCAAAUAUGCUCCCUGUCUGAGGAAAGUGGGUUCCUCAGUCAGCUCCUGUGCCGUGACAGCGAAGCAGAGAGCGAGCUGAAUUCAGCACCAAGGACAGCACCACUGCAGCGCAACGCUACCCUGGGAAUGCUCUCUGCUGCGGGGGAGAGCGAGCUGGAAAGUAGGCUAUGCUGUUCUCUACACCAUCUUGUUAGGGAAUGCGAGAUUGGCUUCAGCUUAACUCGUCUCUUUUCCCCAUUUCAAAUCCAUUCUGUGUUAACUGACUGUUUUGUUGUGCAUACAUGAUGGAUAAAGCUAUUUUGAAAUCCAUUUGCUACAACUUUCAGAGUUAUUUGGCCUCUCACUCUUUUUUGGCUUUAAUUAGCUGAAUUAAUUUUGGGAGAGAUGAACUGUUUUACAUUUGUUUAAAAAUAGAAUUAAGACUCAAUAAAAACACAAUUAUUUUACAGAAAGCAAAAAAGUAUUCCAGUUAGCUCCAGUCACGCUCACAUUGGCCUUAAACCUCCACAUUAGGUUGACUAGUGCAACUGUGACCCUGUUCUUUUUAUCCUUGACCAUUUCUUGCCCCUCUUGUAUCUCAGCAGGAGGAAAUAUGCAUGGGGAAAGAAAAAGCCCAAAGAAGAGCCAGUUAAACAAGCCUUCUGACAUGGUGAUAGCAGUCGAUGUUCAUCGGAGACAAAUGAGCCCUUACGGUUUAUCUGCAUCUGCAUAACACUGCUUAGGCCAAAAGGCUUUAAAUGUAGAGACAGCAUCCUAACUCUAUUGCCCAAUUGAUUAUCCAUUAGCUAGAGCUGAGUACAUCCAUAUUGAAUAGGUCAUUUUUCAUCUGGACAGCUUUGGUUGGCUUUAGUAAGUUGUGCAAAAACCUGCAAAAAUAAUUAAAUAAAAGGAUGGUGUGUAUAAACAUGGUUUGGAAAAAUAUUUUCCAUGCUUAUACUUAGUCCAGUGCCCAGGAAUAUACUGUAUCAGACAAUCAUGGAAAAUGGCUAAACCCAACAAGACACAUAAAAUUCUAUAAUAAUGCUGUAAAUCUGCAGCAUCAGAUGGUCUAAACUCCCCCGGCUUGUGCUUUACUCCUUCCAAUUUCAAUUCUCAACUUGCAGUCUGUCACCCGUAGCUUGAUAUUCACUGCACACACAUACACACUCUUGCCCUGCCUUGAAGAACCGGCGCAGCUCCACCCCAGGGGCCCAUGUGAUGGCUCGGCGGGUUAACGAGAAGCGAGCAAGGCGAGAUGAUGUGGCGUGAAAUAGAAACGCUGGGCAAGACGCGCUUUAACGCAACCUCAGGUUACACCCCAGGAUGAAGUUAUUUCCCAAUGAAAGGGCAUUAUGCAAGUUAAAUCCAGCUAAUGUUAAUAACAUCUCUGUCAUAAAGGCAUCAGGAACUGACCUAACGUAGAGAGGCAGUAGUGAGGGUGAGCUAGAGAGGGGAUUUACUGCCAACCUCUAUCUGCAUUUAAAUGAUCUACGGAGAUUGUUUUCACUCUUGUGUUCCUCUGCACAACCAAGAGAUACUGAGAGAGAUGACUAAGCCGCUGGCAUGCUGCUAAUAUACAAGUGUGGGAGGUGUGCUGGCUUUGGGAAAAUUGCUCAUGGAAAGUGUAUGGGCUGUAGAUUCAAACUAUAAAUGUAAGACAACAUAAAGUUUGUUUCUGUAACGACAGGGAGCUGAUUCCAAAUUCCUUGCUUUGUACCAAAUAAAUCACAAUAAAUGACAACAGCAAAGACUGAAUCUAUGAUAAUGGCGCACAGGAGCAGCAGGUAUUAGGAGCAUCAUAGUGUAAAUUAAAGCUUAGAGUCUCAUUUUUCUUAGUGGAAGUUGUUGAGUUUGUUCAAAAUUGCAGGUUCUCAUGUCUUUCCUUUGGCCUUAUUGAAACAAAAAGUCAGUUGCAAUAACGUCCAACUAUAUUUUGCUGUGUACAAAAAGCCACAAUUGAGCAACAAAGAGAGAGAGAAGGGAGGUGGAACAAAUAGCACACUGUACUAUAUCUGAAAGAAAUAUGGCCUGGUUGGCUGGACUUUUCCAUAAUGCAUUUCAGCAGUAGUGAAUCAUAGAAGUAGGACAAACCUACAUAAAAAGCCAAUGCUGUGUUUCUAUUUAUAGAUUCUGAUUUGCAGACAGAGAUCUCACAAUACUGUUGAAUGGCUUUUCUCUCUAAAAUAUUUUCUCCUCACCUUCAUUUUUUGAGUGUUAGCCAUCUCAUUUUAGAAUUAGACAUUAAAAAGCAAUGGCUACUGUAUCUGAAGUUUAAGGUUACACCAGUUAAAGUUGCCAAUCUGACCACCUUCCUCUCUCACUCUCUUUUUUUGCUGGUGAAACUGUCUAAUGGUAAAAAAAAAAGAGAGACUUGCAUCUAUUAUUAAGUGAAAAGCUUUCAAUUACACUGAAGCUGCAGCAUGAGAUGAAUGGAGCUCAGUACUGUUGGCAAGCUUGGUGAAGUGCAGCACCGUGGGGGGGCGACUCACUAGUGGUGCCAGGCUAAACUAAUUGAUCCCAGGGAGUUAACUGAAUCCAUUUCACUUAGAAAAUAAUUGCAGCUCUUAUUGGCACACAGUUCUCUUGUAUGCACAAUUAAUAUGUGUGAGACUUGCUUAGUUACUUGCAGUUGGAGAUGCUAGAUGGGACACACUGAACAAAAUCUGAUGAAGUUCACUUAUUCAGCACAGCUUUUCAUAGAAAACAACAAAACAGGUUGUUUUUUUUUUUUAACCCUGGCCUUUAUUUGGUGCUAGCACAGCUAAUGCUAACAUACUAGAUGCGGCUUUCAGGCUUUCCCUGCUUUUCUCAAUAUUCAAAAUUACUCAAAAUUACAAUUAUGACCCAAACCUCUAAGUGCCAUAUUAGUGUGGUAUAACCUGUCAACAAGACAAGUGCCAGAAACUAUAGUAACAGGAAGUCUGCUGUUUAAAAAGGCCUUGACUCCAGUUCAGCGAAGUCUUUGCACUUGCAGUGUUGGUGAACUUUGACACACAGAUGUGAGCCACUGACCAGUAGCAAGCAGUCUUAUUAAUGCUGACUUUUGAGGGAACAGAGUCUGCUAGCAUAGCUGGUUUGCUGUGUUGCACUAUCCACUAGCUAGGUGGGUUUUAAUCCACCAGUUUUUAAUGUGUAUUUUCAAUUUCUGCAUCAGUGGAAAUGAUAAAAAUGUUUUCUUAAAAAAGUUUUGAAAUAAAGGUUGCAAAAAAAGGUUUUUAUUCUUGGCUGAGGUGGAAAGGUUGCUGGGUCAAAUAAAGGCAAAAUGCAGAUUGAACAGCUCAGUAUAGAAAAUGGCUUGGUAAUUUUGUUUCUUUAUGGUGAAACCAACCUUUUUUAAUCAGAGGUUAACAUAUUCCUCUAUAGGUUGAGAAAUUUGACCUGUAGGUUCAGUUUCCCAACCCGCCAUGAAAGCAUCCCGAGGGUUUUUAGACAUUUUGGAAACGAAAGGAUUUCACCUUUGCACUUUCAAAUGUUGGAGAGCAUUAGUUUGUUUGCAGUCAUACGUCUACGAGGCUAUAUGGUAAUGCUCCAGGGGUAAAACAAACUCUCUUUGAUCCAAGUCUGGAGAGAAUCAUAAAUUCCAAAGCAAAAUCGCCUGGAACGAAACUGACUGAACAACUGAUCUGAAGUCAGUGUUAAUUACACAUUUUAAACAACAUCCUUGACUGUCCCAUCUGGCAUGUCCAUCUAUUGAUUGUUUUAACAAUUAAUAACACUCAUCUGUGAAUAUGCCACUACUUGGUCAACCAUUCCUGGGGCAGCAGUGGAGCGACCGCUCACUGUGCGUGUGAAUGGCUGUGUGCUUUUGUGCGUGCGUUCUCCUCUACCCCACCCCCCGGGAUCAUAGCCAAUUGUAAUGAACCAUAUCUCAACCAACUCUCACUGUAAACACACGCUGAAUGGUUUUGUCAGCCAAUAUACAGGACUAUAACUCAAUUUAGAAAAAAGAAAUACUGUACAAGUGAGUGUGUGUGUUAUGUUUCUUAUGCAAUGCUGUACAGAAAUGUAUAUUUUUGUAAUGUCAUGAGAACAUGAGCUACAGGACACAGUCACUGCUGUGAGUGUGUUCUGAGUGUGUGUUUCUUCCUCUUCUUCUGUGUUCUUCCUAUAAAAUGUUUCUUUGGGGGGGAGGGGGUGUUGUUGUGUGUUGGAUAUGCUGAAAAAGUGCCAUAUUUUUUGACUUUAUAGUGUCCUCUUCUCGGUUUGUGUGCUGUACAUAAAGUUUAUCACAGGGCGAUUCUCAUUGUGGAGUCUGAAGUUGUCAGAGUCCAAGUCAGUAAAUCUUUAAAACAACAAAAAUACUCAACACGGUCAUGGUCAGCUGCUGGAUUAGAAGCUAAUAUGUAAAAGGACUUGACCUUGAUAUUAUUGAUCACUAUACUGAGCAAACAGAGAAACAGACACCGCACAUCUGACCACUCCAAACUCCCUAUUUAUAGCUGUAACUUCACACUGAUUUUCAAGCAACAGCAGCAAAAAGAGGUGAUAUCAGUUGUUCUGUAUAAAGUGUUUGUUUCUUGACUUUUACAUGAACGGCAUGCACUACAAAACAGAGACAGACACAGGCAAAGAGGGGGAGAUGACGCAUGGGCACAGCUGUACGUCACAGUCAGGUUUCCAGUGACGCCAUUUUGUCGUGUCGAAGAGAGCAGGUCGUUUCAAAGACAACCCCCCCAACCCUGUUUUUCCCUCUUUCAAAACAUCCCCCUCACUUUUUGCUCUUCCUCUUUCUCCCUCUCUUCUUUCUCAUCAUGUCUAAGACCUUGUCGUCAUCAUUUCUUUGUCAUUUCAAGAUCUUUCCCUUUCUCCGCCCUGUUUUCUUUCAUCCUCAACACCUUCACCUAUCUUUUUCUAACUCUUUUCCCCUCGCUCCGUCUAAUUCUCCUGUCCAAUACUUUGCUAUCCCUGGCAUGCAGGAUUCUAGUUGGCCAGACUCCAUCUGAAAAUAGUUGCCCUGAAAGAAGAUAGAAUGAAGAAAAAAAAAA